AUGGCUUUUACUCUCCUUGGCACCGCCCAUAUGCCCCCUUCCUUUUGGGUUGAAGCUUGUUAUUCUCUUAAUUACCAAGGUUAUCGGUGUUAUGAUCCUUCAACUAGUCGUGUUUAUCUCUCUUGUCAUGUUGUUUUUGAUGAAUCUACCUUUCCGUUUCAAGCUCUCUCUCACACUUCCUCCGUUCCUCCAUCCCCGGUGCCUCCCUCUCCACCUUUAGUCGUGUCUUCCUUUCCCGUUGUUUCUCCACCACCGCCAUCUCCUUCCUCACAGCCUCCUCAUUCUCCUCCUCCUUUGCCCACGGUCACUCAUGUUGAUGUCCCCGCUUCUCCAGUUGAGUCAUCCCCGCCCCCCUCCCUUCCCACUACCCACACCAUGGUCACUCGUUUGAGAGAUGGGAUUAGAAAACCGAAUCCCAAAUAUGCAAAUCUUGUUUUUUCGCAGGUAUUUGAGAUCGAACCUACCUCGUUCCGAGAAGCAAACAAAUCGGAUCAAUGGCGCCAGGCUAUGCUCACAGAGGUCCAAGCCCUUCAUCACAAUCAUACUUGGGAUCUUGUUCCUCCCUCCCCUCACCGCCAUGCCUUGCCUUGCAAAUGGGUGUUCCGUAUCAAACGCCGCUCCAAUGGUUCCAUUGAACGGUAUAAGGCUCGUCCUGUGGCCAAUGGGUUUCAUCAACAAUAUGGCAUUGACUACUUGGAAACUUUCAGUCCUGUUGUUAAGCAUGUUACUCUUGAUGUCACUAAUGCUUUUCUUCAUGGUUACUUGUCUGAAGAGGUUUACAUGUGUCAACCCCGCGGUUUUGAAGACCCUAAAUUUCCUCAUCAUGUAUGUCACCUUCAGAAAUCUCUCUAUGGUCUCAAGCAAUCUCCCCGUGCUUGGUUCUCCCGUUUCUCUGAGUUUCUUAUUCACUCAGGUUUCACGGCUUCCAAGGCAGAUCCUUCCUUAUUCAUUUUUCAUAAAGAUGACAAUUUUCUCUUCCUUUUGAUUUACGUGGACGAUAUUAUUGUUACUGGUAAUGCUUUGUCACAGGUUAACGCCCUUCUUCAGUCUCAUAAUCGUGAGUUUGCAAUGAAAGAUUUGGGGGAUCUUCAUUAUUUUUUGGGCAUUGAGGUCCAACAUACUCCGGAUAUGUUGUGUUUGAAUCAAGCCAAAUAUGCGGCUGAUCUUCUAAAAAGGGCCACCUUACAUGAAGCUUAUCCUUGUCUCACUCCGGUUGCCACUGGUUCUCAACUUAGCUAUCUUCAUGGCUCUCCUCUCUUGGAUCCCACCGAGUAUCGCAGUCUUGUUGGUGCACUUCAGUAUCUCACCAUCACCCGUCCGGACAUUUCCUUUGCCGUCAACCAAGUUUGUCAAUUCAUGCAUCAACCUACUGAUAUUCAUUGGAAAGCUGUUAAGCUUAUUCUACGUUAUGUUCUUGGCACUUCUCAUGAUGGCCUUGUUUUUCGUCCUGGUGACUCUUUUGUGAUUGCUUUCUCUGAUGCCGACUAUGCUGGUAAUCCCGAUGAUUGUCGCUCUAUAGGGGGAUAUUGUAUUUUCUUUGGCUCCAACCUUGUCUCAUGGAGCUCCAAGAAGCAACCCACCGUUUCCCGCUCUAGUACCGAAUCUGAGUAUCGUCAAUUGGCUCUCACUGCUAUGGAACUCUCAUGGAUUCAACAACUCUUACAAGAAUUACAUGUCUCUUUGCCCUCACCUCUUUUGCUUUGGUGUGACAACACAAGCUCUAUUGCUCUUGCUUCUAAUCCGAUCUUUCAUGCACGCACCAAACACAUUGCUGUGGAUUAUCAUUAUGUUCGUGAACUUGUCCUUGCUGGCUCCUUGCAUGUUCGUUAUGUCUCCACCCAUACUCAGCUGGCUGACAUUUUUACCAAGGGUCUCCCUCUUCCUCGGUUUGCCUUUCUCAAAUCCAAGCUGUUGCGCUCUUCGCACAUCAGCUUGCAAGGGGAUAAUUGA